CACGAGAAACGAGAAAUAAAGGCAGGCAGGUGACCUGACUGGCAGGCAUCACACAGACACAUCCAUGCAGGCAAGCCCACAUACAAAAUCACCCGAUUCUCAGGUCCACAGACAGACCUCCCCCCUCCCCCCCGCGGGACAUCUUAUCUUUGAGUGGAUAAAAGGGUCAUUCAUAGCAGGCAGGCCACAUCAGAGUGCAGUCCUGGCACUCCAUCCAAGUUGUACCCCCUCACUCGGAAACACAGCCGAACCGCCUCUCCACCCACAGCCACCACACUCUCACCCACAAACGCACCAUCAUGCUCAGCACACACCAAAGUCUCCGUCAGCCGCCCCCACAGUCCGACAGCAGAGACAUUCCUCAGCGGCACCCACUCCAAAAGAUCCGCACCUUCCUUUGGUGCACACCUCUUGAACGCGCCCGUCUCUCCCACGCCGGCCGAGUUGUCUCGUCGCCGCGUCCACACGUGCAGCUGACUCUCCAGGCCCCCGGCUGGGAAGGGCACCUCAUUGUCAGUGGGCGGCGGCGGUGGCAGCGCCACUGUGGGGAACUCCUCUAUUCGAACGCCCGAUGGCGCAGAGGUCGGCUUCUUCUUAAAGCCAACCGCGAGAAGGGGAAAGGCCGGCGGCUCGACGAAGGCUGUAGUGUUUGACGAAUUGGCUGUGUUUGUCGGGGUGGCGACGAGAGGAUACCACGUCGAAUGCUGGUCGCCAAGCUGCAAGCGGACGUCCAACGUGUAGGUCGCAGCUGGGGUGCUGCCGCGCCAGGAAAUAGAGCUGCAUGAAUGCAGAUACUCCCUCCACUCGUGAGGGACCCAUGGGGACUUGGGCUGCUUACUUGGCGUCGAUAUCCAGAAUGAGAGGCCUUGAAGGGACGCCGUGAGAGCUGGGCUGUGGUGAACCGCUGAAACAAGACAGACAGAAGAAGAUAAGCACGCUGAGCUAUCGUCGAUUCAGAUUGGCGACCUCAUGGUGUAAGCGUGACUGCGGAUGAGCUGCGCCUGUUGCUGCAUCUCGCAGGUGGCUCCAGGGUAGUGGAGGGUAUAGCCGUCCUUAUGCGUCACGUAACCGCCUCUGUCAUGGUGAGGAAACAGCGACCUGAACACACCAACACCCACCCAAGUAACUAACGAUGGUGAGGGUGGCCGUAUCCAGGCAGCGUACCAUACCAGAAAAGAGCCCCUGACACUGCGAGAUCCCCUUCCACACGCUUUAAGAAGGGCCUGAGCUCAUUUCUUGGAUAGCCCCUCCAGUCGUACUCGCCCACAAUAAACGCCGUCCCAUUAUUGUGUGCGAGUCGCGCCCCUCCCUCAUCGCUCAGAUCCUCACCCAGCUCUCUGUAGGGCCAAUGCCAAUAGUGUGUGCUGACAAAGUCCACCUCAUCGAAGAGCGAGCUGGCGGGAUCGACGCCCCACCGGCCGUCCAUAACAAGUUGGUAGGGAGCCUCUCUCUUCAAGUGGGCGGCGAUUUGUUGUGUCCACGAGGUGGGAGGGCCAAGUUCGUUGCCCGUCUCUGCAAACGGCGAUGCGGGAACAUGACUUUUAUGCAGGGCAUGUUUCGCGAGCCGCUUACCCCAGGCCAUGAUUGUGGGGUCGUCUUUCCACGCCACGCCGGUGUAGCGGUUGACAUGUGACACUAGCCUUGAUAUGUAUGUUUUGAAGUCCUUAGCACACAGAAAUCAAAGGGCAUUGGUCAGUGUGGGGCAUCACGAAGCUUGGAGAGAAUGAGCUCUUUGCGCGUACCUACCUGGAUGAUGGUGGGGUCCGUGUAGAACUCAUGCUUCGACCGAUUCCUCCACCGUGUGAACGUCUCAAUGCCUUCAAAGCACCACAAUAGACGUCAAUUUGCGUGUGUGGUGUGCUGCUAUCGUCUUCACACAUUCUCACCUCCGUGAUAGUAAUCCCACUCGUCCAUCAGUGGCACAAUGACACGGAUGCCGUGGUCCCCCGCCACCUUGACAGCGUAGUCAGCCAUUCUCAAGUUGUCAGGCCGGAACUCUCCCAACGUCGGCUGGAAGGACUCGUUGCGCCCGAAAGAGAUACCGAGCGUGUGUGAGCGGACAACGGUGAGCCCCAUCUCCUUGGCUGUGAGUAUGGCGUCCUCGGUGCGAAAAGUGGUUGGAAAGCCGAUGCCGUUGACGUUCUCAUCCAGUCCGAGCCAGUAGAUAUUCGCUCCGCUGAAGCGGAAGGGUCUGCUGCCAAGCCACAACCGACCGCCGCGCUGCGAGAUGAAAUCGCAUCGCUCCUCUGCAGUGCAGGCAGCCAUGGCAGUUAACACGAUGUAACAGGCAAUGCAAUGCUGCCUCCGUGCCUUGCUCUACCUUACUCGCACAGGAUGUGCGGAGCUGUCCCGUAUCCUGCCCGACGACCCCUGCAGCACCGACCCACGCCACAAGGCCGGCCAACCAGAAAGGCAGCGCCUCCACAAGCAUCAUGCCGAUCCGUCACAGGCCCUGGCAUCCCUCUCUCCAGUCAUCUGCUCGUCCAUUGGAAUGGUCUGGAAUGGUUGACAACCUGCCACGGCCGCCACAUCAACAGAGCACCAGCAGCACAAUGGUCAGAUACAGUACACGCAUGCCAGCAGUGUGUUCGCGUGCGCACCAGUCAGCAGUUGGUUGUGAACAGCACCCAAACGAAACAGCGACGCGGAGAGAAGUGCAAAAGGACCUGCACACCACAACAAGAGCACAUCCAUGUCAAUGAGUCAACCCGCACACAGCACACACCUCCGUCCAUUUCCGUGCCUUCGUCCAUCCCGUGUUUCAUACCGAUGAGUUGGUGCACAGGAUCUGGGAGGAACGAAGGGCGAGGCGCGAUCCACGAGACACAACGAUAGUAGAAUAAAAUAGAAUGGGAAUGAUGAAUUUCUUGACGCACCUGAAUGAAUGCAAUUG